AUGCUCUGCCCACAACUCGCCAACUUCCUUUCGGAUCUUUCCGACUCGGAAUAUCCUGUCGAUUACUUCUACCGAGGUGAAGGCUCGAGAAGGAUUCUGAAGGCAAUCAAAGACGAAGACGCCUUUCUGACUGCACAAGAUCUUGACGACUUUGAAACUGAACACCAGUAUGGACUGCAAUCUCACGCAGAGGAUACGACACUCUGUGGACCUCAUCCACCGUCGUUGUUUGCUGUUGUACAACUGGCAGUAAAUGCAAUGCAAAGAUCGAAUUCGACAUCGGUCAACAUACCUCUGCUAUCAUGGGAUCAAUCGAAACUCGUUGCGGAUGCCAUUUUCGACAGUGAUAUCACAAAAGAUGUAGCAAAAAUGACGACUGGAAGAGCAGCGAAAAAUCUGCUACAACUUCUGAAAGAUGGGCACAAUCCAGCGUCCAAGUGGGAAUCAGCAGAGGAGGGAUCGUUUUCUGUUCUGGUCGUUGACGAGAAAGGAGAUGCCGCAUCGUUUGGUUCGUCCCUGGGAGAUAAAUUCGGAUCACGGCAAUUCACAAACCUCGGUUUCUUCAUGAAUAACGCCAUGGGAAUGUUCACUUAUGGCAGUCGUCCUGGAUCACUGGAGUCUCGUAAUGCACCACAAGCAGCUAAGUGUCCACGGACACAAAUGUCUCCAAUGAUUGCAUCAAAGAAAGGCCAGGUGAAGUUUGUCGCAGGUGGGACUGAUUAUGUUGGAUUGUGCCGAGUGGUUACGGAUGCUUUACUGGGUAGCAGAACGCACGCUUCUUCCAGUUCACCGUUGCUAUACAGAAAUGAAGAUGGACUGGAAUUGAGAAGUGGAGAGGAGACGCUAUUGUCGGGUUAUUGA